AUGAAGAUCGACCUUUGGAUGAACUGGAGCAUCGCUCAGAGACAAAGCAACGUGCAAUUGGUGACGUUCAAGUCGGAUCUGGUGGAAUGUGUAAGGGUGCAAGAGCAGGAGGUCAGAGCACAGUUGGGGUAUAUGCCGACGGACUGGCUACUUCUAUCAGGGAGUUGGAUCAUGGGUCCAACCUUCAUCGGACGAUCCGGGGUGCGAGUUCAGGAAUUAGGGUGUGGGCGAUCCACUGCACGGUCAGCAGUACUGGUGACCAUUCACCCUGUGGGCAAACGCAAUGGGAGGACCACACUGGAAGAACAACUACCCAGUACAAACUCCACUGGCUGGGAGAUGAGAUGCUGUAACAUGAGUUUCGUCAUUCUACAGAACCAAAUUACCUCUGAUGUUUCGCAGGAGCACAGAACACUUUCUUUUGAUGACACAACCAUAGCUGUUGAUUUCUUCUUGAUAAUCGCCACGUUCUUUUGUACUUAG